AUGCAUUGGCUCAGCAGUGACUCAGAGGAAGAUGGAGGAGAGGAUGAAGCCAGAGAAGCUCUUGAAGAAGAAGGAAUCAUGGCCCCUAUUUUCUUACCAUCUUUUGCUGCUGCUCUUCAAGAAUUGUAUGGUUCUGAUUCUGAAUCAGACUCACCUGUUGCUCGUAAGACAGAUGUUGUGUCAUCUAGUGACAGCUCUGAUCCUUGA